UGCAUAUCAAAUGGUCACUGGCUGGCACGGAAGAGAGUAGCACUCAAUGUCUGGGGAUUUGCUUGCAUCUCUAUAGAUAGAUGUGCAGGUAUUCGGCAGGGCAACAAUCUGAUGCAUCAUGCACUGCUGCGAGCCUUAGUGUACAUCCCCAGUGUCAAGGCCUGGGCCAACCCAGCACGGCGGACUAUAAUGACUUUGUCGAGGAACUACAAUGACGCCAUCGAUGCCCUCAACACGCUUCAAACGCCGUUCGCGGUCAUUGAGGCUCGCCGAAAGGCCGGCGUCAGGCCAGAUGCUCAGUCUAUCAAGGAGAUGAGGGCCUACCUCGGCCAGAUUGGCUAUUCGUCCCGAGAUCUCGACCGGCUCAACGUCAUCCACGUCGCCGGGACUAAGGGCAAGGGGAGUACGUGCGCGUUCGCCGACUCCAUCCUCUCGCACUACCGCAAGAGGCACGGGGUGCCCAGCAAGGUUGGGCUCUUCACCUCGCCGCACCUCGUGGCCGUCAGGGAGCGGAUCCGCAUCAACUCGCGGCCCAUCUCUGAGGAGCUCUUUGCGAAGUACUUCUUCGAGGUCUGGGACCUGCUCGAGUCUUCCCCAAAGGAUGCUGCCGAGUACGAGACCGCCGCCUUCGCCGGCACCAAGCCCAUCUAUGCCCGGUAUCUCACCCUGAUGAGCUACCACGUCUUCCUCCAGGAGGGCGUUGACACGGCCAUCUACGAGACCGGCAUAGGCGGCGAGUUCGACGCCACCAACAUCGUGGAGCGCCCCGUCGCCGCGGGGAUCAGCACGCUGGGCAUCGACCACGUCUUCGUGCUGGGCGACACGGUAGAGAAGAUCGCGUGGCACAAGGCCGGCAUCAUGAAGCCGGGCAGCCCGGCCUUCACCGUCGAGCAGGUCCCCGGCGCGGCCCGCGUGCUGGAGGAGCGAGCUGUGGAAAAGGGAGUAAACCUGAGGGUGCUGGACAUUGACCCGCGCCUAAAGGAGGUUGCGAUUCGGCCCGAUGCGAACUUCCAGAAGAAGAACGCCUCGCUCGGAAUCGCCUUGGCAGAAACAGCGUUGCAAAGGCUUCAUCCGACAUUCUCACCUUCGCCAACAUCCCUACCCCAGGAGUUCGUAGAUGGUCUUGAGCAGGUGGUCUGGAGGGGUCGGUGUGAGGUCAAGGUGGACGGCCGGGUCGUCUGGCACGUUGACGGCGCGCAUACAGUGGACAGUCUCAAGAUGGCUUCCCGCUGGUUUGCAGGGGAGACGGCAAAGCGGUCCGGGCCAAAAGUCCUUAUCUUCAACCAGCAGGGGAGGACCGAAGCAGUGGACUUCCUUGAAGGGGUUUACAAUGGCACAAAAUCCGCCGACGGCUCUUCGUUUGAACAUGUCAUCUUCUGCUCGAACGUGACGUACGCAGAGGCCGGCUACAAGAGAGACUUUGUGAAUCAUCAGCAUGACCCGAAGGUAAUAGCGAAACUGAGCCAGCAACGGGAUUUCGCCCAGAAGUGGUCGUCUCUCGACCCUUCGGCGGAUGUAACCGUCAGCUCAAGCAUCGAGGAAGCCAUCACUCGAGUGCGGGAACUGGCCAAGACGAUGGAAGGCGAGGGGGACACGGUACAGGCGCUGAUAACUGGCAGUCUCCAUCUAGUCGGAGGAGCACUGUCCAUCUUGGAGGGGAGCGAUGCUCUCUAGACUGGCUGACACAGGCGGUGGGGCGAGACCCGAGAAACACAUAUAGAGGUAGAUUCAGCACUCCACAGUGGGAGGUCAGGGAUAGAUUCUAGCACUCAACAUGCUCGAUAGAUUUGAUCACAGCACCGAGAAGAUGAAAACUCCCUGUAACCAGCACUUUGCAAUGCUUCCCUUCC